GCGCUAUGAAGGAGUGUAAGAUGCUCCCAGAGUCUCUAUGCAAGCUCAGGAACAUGCUCGAGGACAAAAUCAUGGGUAUGAGACAAGGUAUGAGGCACGGUAUGAGGAAGGGUGGAUGUCGCGGACGCAAACAUCGCGGACCGCCAGGUGGAAAGCUACCUGGCCAUAUCAAGCCUCAUUUCCUGCGACCAGGAUUUCACCACCAUGACGCCCAUGUAGAGGGAGACGGCGUUCGUCAUCACGGGCGUCCUCACCAUAUGAGACCACAUGGUCAUCACGGCCACCAUCACCGUCAUGGUCAUUUCAUGCACUCCUUUAGCCGCGGACUCGCCGCUGUUCUGAUUCCCACAAUGGCCGGCAUUGCUGUUGGCAUGACCGUCAGUCUUGUAGGCCUGGUCAUUGGCCGCUUGAUCGGAUUCCUGUGGAUUAAGUUCUAUCGCGGUGGUCGUCGCGGGUACCAGAGUGUCCGUCUUGAGGACGAUGAUACCCGUAUUGAAGCAGAGAAUGAGAAGGUCAUCGUCAUUGAAGAUGCCCCGGAAGUGGAUCCACUUCCUGUGUAUGAAGAAGCUCCAGCGUACGAAGAGGCUGCCAAGGAGCAGAAGUAAGCUGAACUCGGUCCUUGGCUGCUUGUUCUGUCUUCGCGUUCUACAGGUUCUGGCGGGAGGAUGAGAUAGAGAAGAAGCAGGUCGGCGCGGGAAUUUUCAUGUGUGAUGUAACAAAUACUCAAAUUCCAUUAUAUCUCCGUUACG